AUGUUUGCAGGGCUUAUCUUCGCAAGCCUCGUUCUGCAGUUGGCUGCGGCGACACGGCCAGCAGAAAGGAGCAGAUCUGACACCCCGUGCACGGAGUCGGGGAACGACACGUGCCAGACGUGCAGCGGAAGCGGCAGCAAUGAGAUCUGCCUCACGUGUAAGAACAACGAUCACUUCCUGACGACAAACAAGAAGGGCUGCAAAGCCGCCUGCGACGCGACGGGGGAGAUAGAGACCCCGGGCGCUAACCCGAAGGCCUGCAAGUGCGACGACGCCAGCGGGUACCAGCUCCAGGGCGACGGGACGUGCGCCAAGGGGCAGGACACCCCGUGCACGGAGUCGGGGAACGACACGUGCCAGACGUGCAGCGGAAGCGGCAGCAAUGAGAUCUGCCUCACGUGUAAGAACAACGAUCACUUCCUGACGACAAACAAGAAGGGCUGCAAAGCCGCCUGCGACGCGACGGGGGAGAUAGAGACCCCGGGCGCUAACCCGAAGGCCUGCAAGUGCGACGACGCCAGCGGGUACCAGCUCCAGGGCGACGGGACGUGCGCAGUUUCUAACACAAACAAGAGUAGCGGCCUUUCUACCGGUGCCAUCGCAGGCAUCGCUGUGGCCGCUGUUAUUGUCGUGGGGGGCCUCGUCGGAUUCCUUUGCUGGUGGUUCCUCUGCCGCGGUAAGGCGUAG